AUGAAGAAAGUGAGUGAACUCAACAACCUUCCAGCAUGUGCCAUAAUCUAUAGCCUAUAUCAUUCUCAACAUGAGAUUUGGCCAUCCUCUCUCCAAGUGCAACAAGUUCUUAAAAAAUUUAAGACCAUGCUGGAGAUGGAACAAAGCAGAAAGAUGGUGAACCAAGAAAGUCUUCUGGGGCAAAGGAUUGAGAAAGCCAACGAACAACUGAAGAAACAAAGGAAGGAGAACAGGGAAAAGGAGAUGACAAGGGUGCUAUUCCAGAGUCUGACUGGAGGAGGAGAACAAACAAGUCCAAGUAGAACCAACAGGACUGCUAAUGGCUACAACAACAUAUUAUUGAAUGGAGAGGUAGGCUUUCGAAACUAA